AUGACUAUAUGUAACGCCAACCUCUCGCGCCGACAUUUGCUACGAACACCAGCCGCCAAAUAUAUCUCCCUUACGAACGCAUUGGAGCCGCUGGACCCAGCGGAGGUAGAUCAUGUCUACAGCGAGCUCGAGCCAGCAGAUCCAGCUCUUUUGGAAGGUGAAUGGGAUAUGCAUGUCAUCGAUACGGGGCAUCCUGCGCAAGCAUUAGCGGAGGACAUCCUUCCUCUACUGAGUACCAUGGACUUCACUGAAGAUGCUGAGAAGGUCAGACAGUGCUGCGUUCCGCUGUUGAACAUUUCUAAUUGGCCACCGAUGAUCAAAAUUCGACGCGACGUUUUCGCUACGUAG